UCAUCGAGAUGAAAGGGAUGCGGCGCAGCCCGCUGGCACUAGGCAGCCUCGCUGGGGCACGGCGAGAGAAAGCAGCCUCUCAGUCCAGGCCGGGGGAAGCCUGCCCUCCACAGCCGGCAGAACAACGUGGCCCACGUUUAACAAAAGACCGUGUGGCCCGGGAGCCCAGCUAAGAGCCUGCCGGUAGCGAUCUUUCUAGAUCCGCGUGCACAGUGAGUAAGCCCAGCCGAGCCUUUUUGAUGCGCUGCAACUGAUCGGCGAUCAGAUUACAGGAGCUCCAUCUCCCAGCUCGCCUGCCUUUGAUCUGCGCGGGUAAUCCAUUUUCCUGGAUUUGAAGUUUCGUCUGGGCUUGCGCCCACACACAUUUUUGGGGAGGCAGAAGCGUUUGGCGCGGAAGUGCCAGCAAGCUGAGGAAAGCGUGAGUCUGGAGCCCAGGCGAGUAGCAGGGAUAAACACGUCUGAUGAGAGCAAUGGCUUUCAAGGUCCUGCUUGACCAAGGGAGGGUGCUCUUCACCACCAUGCUUUUCCUAGGCUAUUUGUCAUGUAAAGUGAUCUGUGAAACCGGAGACUGCCGACAGCAAGAAUUCAAGGAUCGGUCUGGAAAUUGUGUCCUCUGCAAACAGUGUGGACCUGGCAUGGAGUUGUCCAAGGAAUGUGGCUUCGGCUACGGGGAGGAUGCUCAGUGUGUGCCCUGCCGGCCGCACAGGUUCAAGGAGGACUGGGGCUUCCAGAAGUGCAAGCCAUGUGUGGACUGUGCAUUGGUGAACCGCUUCCAGAGGUCCAACUGUUCCCACACCAGUGACACCGUCUGCGGGGACUGCUUGCCAGGAUUUUAUCGAAAGACCAAACUUGUUGGUUUUCAAGACAUGGAGUGUGUGCCCUGUGGAGACCCACCUCCUCCCUACGAACCACACUGUACCAGUAAGGUGAACCUCGUGAAGAUCUCGUCCACGGCCUCCAGCCCUCGGGAUACGGCCCUGGCUGCCGUCAUCUGCAGUGCUCUGGCCACCGUGCUGCUGGCCCUGCUCAUCCUGUGUGUCAUCUACUGCAAGAGGCAGUUCAUGGAGAAGAAGCCCAGCUGGUCCCUGAGGUCACAGGACAUUCAGUACAAUGGCUCUGAGCUGUCAUGUUUUGACCAGCCUCGGCUCCGCCACUGUGCCCAUAGAGCAUGUUGUCAGUGUCACCGGGACUCAGCCCAGACCUAUGGGCCCAUUCACCUGAUUCCGUCUUUGUGCUGUGAGGAGGCCCGCAGCUCUGCCCGCACUGCACUUGGCUGUGGGCUGCAUUCUACAGCUGCCCUUCAGGAGAGAAAUGCAGCUUCACUGGGGAACACAAUGCCAGCUUUCUUCGGCUCUGUUUCCCGUUCCAUCUGCGGUGAGUUUUCGGAUGCCUGGCCUCUGAUGCAGAGCCCUCUGCGUGGUGACAGCUCCUUUUGUGACUCCUAUCCUGAACUCACUGGAGAAGAUGUCAAUUCCAUCAAUCCAGAAAAUGAAAGCUCAGCAUCUUUGGAUUCCAUUGGUGGUCAGGAUGGAUCUGGGGCAGCUGUUCCAGAUUCUUCUGGAAAUUUCUCAGGAACUAUUGACUCACCUAGAAAUGGUGAUAUAGUCUGGGAGCAGACCCUAGCUAAGGAUGCUCAAAGGACUCCAAGACAAGGAGGCUGGGAAGGCAGUGACACCUUGGACCUAGCCACGCCCACAUCCUUCCAGAGCCCAGGACCACCAGCCUGGAGAUGGCAUAGCCCAUACUUAUCUGGACCCUCUUACAUCAUUAACUAAGAAAUUGCACUACAGGCUUACCUACAGGAAGGUCGAGUUGGGGGAGGGGCAGUGGAGAUUCACAGUUGAGGUUCCGUCUUCCUAAAUGGCUCUAGCUUGUGUUAGGUUGAGAUCAAACUAGCCAGCACAAAUGGCAAUAAGGAAAGACAGCUCAGAUAAUUAUCACCAUCUACAUAAAGAUAAACUUUCAACUCAAAUAAUUAUAAGAAGGUCAUAAUUAUACAUAAAGUAAAUCCAGAAAGAAAAUGUGACUUUCAGAUUGCACAACAAAACUUAAUAGUGAAAUCUCACAUACACUAUUUUACAAUUCAUAGGUAAUUUAGGUAUUCUAAAUUCAGUAAAAGAAUCGAUACAGUGUAAACCAUUUACGUGUCACCACCCCCCAAUAGAAACAAAAUUAACAUUUUGAGCUCCUUUUAAGAGACUUCCUUCUAGAUUCUGUUCUUUUGUUUUUGUUUUCAGGAUAGGGUUUCUCUGUGUAGCCUUGGCUGUUCUGGACUCACUUUGUAGUCCAGGCUGGCCUAAAACUCACAGAGCUCUGCCUGCCUCUGCCUCCCAGAGUUCUGGGAUUACAGGCGUACAAGUACCCAUCUCUCUUCUAGAUUCUGAAAAGCACGUUCCCUUUAGGCACACUUACUGAAUCUGUAAGACCCAAGUCUCUGCACAUGCAGGACCCCUCACAGGCUUGCGGCAGCCAGGUCUUUAGCUCAGCUAAUUUUGCUGUUUUCUGACCAGUGCAUUCUAAAAAGCAAUUCAUGUUUCCUUUUACCAGGCCCAUUUUUCAAGGUAGACAAUGCAUUCUCAUAAAGAAUUUGAUACUACCAAAGGAGGUAGCACACACGGAAAAUUCAUCACUCAGGAGGAUCACCAUGAGUUCAAGAUCAGCCUAGGGUAUAUAUUUAUUUGGGCACUAUGGUAGGCUACAUAGCAAGACUCUGUUUGUUUGUUUGUUUAUAAUCCAAUAAAAUCAAACAAAAAGGACGUUGAUUUCGGUAGCUUACUGUUAGAAAACAAUUCCUUAGGUUCAUGACUCAGUAGCUUGCUCCAUACCAUGGGCUCAUUUGGAAUUCGGGAAGGAACUGGGAAGCAGCCCCAGCCCCACCUGGUGUAAGGCUGUGAUUUCCAAAGCAUGGUAAAUCUUUUUCCUGGAUCGGUAUUUUUACACUCUAGUGUUUUUGUGGGUGCUUUAAGACCAUCCAGGAUCUGAUGGCAAUGUUCCCAAUUCAGGAUGAAUACAUAGGUGUGAGAGCCGCCUUUAGCCACCAUGAGUCUGUUCAAAUCUCAUUUUCCCUGUGCCCAUCUGUGCAGAAGGGAACAGAGAGAGCUGAGGGAUGUGGGGUGUCCGUUGCUGAGAUAGUUGAGAGAAGGAAGCUAGCCUGCUUCCUUAUAGGAAAAGCUUUCUUGGUGGUUUUGCAGCUUUAUUUUAUUUUAUGUUAUUUUGUCAUUGGAACAGGAAGGCACAUGUAGGUGUCAGGAGACACUUUGCAGGGAUCUCUACUUUUGCUGGGUUUCAGGGAUCCAGCUCCAUUCACAACCAGUGCUUACCCAUGAGCUACGUUGCAGGUCCCCUUGGUGUUAUUUUUUUUUUAAACAUCAUUUAAUGUCAACAGUGAUUUCUAUGUCAGUUAGAUGGCUCAGCUGGUAAAAAAAAAAGGUGAUGGCUGCCACGCCUGAUGACCUGAGUUUGAUCCUUUGGAGUCAUCAUAGCGGAAGGAGAGAGCCGACACCUGCCAGUUGUUCUCUGCUCUUCACAUGCACCGAUGGCACAAGCAUUCCACACUCCCCACUCAAAACAGUAAACAAGGAAACAAAUACAUACCUCAAGAGGAAGGAGCAGAGGGUUAGCAAAGCUCUGAGAGGACCGCCCAGCUUUCCAAUCUACCGAUCUGCUCUUUGCAUAUGAUCAAGUGAGAGAGUUGGCUUCCUGCAGUAGAGUUCAAAAUAUUUGUUACCCUAGCAACAGGUAGUCACCAUAUUUGGUAAAAAUUAUUUCCCAGUGUUCAGACAGACUUCAGAACCUCUGAUUUCUAGAGAAUGUCUUUACCUAGAGAUGUUUACCAUAGUUACCAAUGCAAAUUAGUGAUGACCACAUUGCCAGGGGCUUGUGCAUGAAAGCAAGGUUCUAGUCCCUCCCAACAGCAUUCAGUUAGCUGAUGUCCGGUCCCGUUUUGAAGCGAGGCCAUACUUCCUGUGAUACAGCACCUUGCUGAGGAUAAUUAUCUCAAGAAGACUGUGCCUAUUCAAGGGAGACCAUAAAGAGCCAUCCUGCUCCCUCACUCUUUGCAGACCUCUGCCAGGAGUGGAAGAGCAAGGUUCUGUGAUGGAGGUGCCAGACAGAGCGGUGGUGUUCGCUGUCCACCUUCAUUUCUGGAGGCCCUGAAUGACUUCCCUAAGAAUGCUUUAGGAAGCCCCACACUGAAGCAGUGCCUUCAAAUGUUCCAAUGAGGGUGAUGAACAAAAGAAUUGGUUGUUUUGUUUUGUUUUUUUAAGUCAUCGUGAUUAUUAUGGGUUAUGUUGUCAUCUUUCAGUUAGUCAGCCCAUACUGGUAAUUGUGCUGUUACAAAUCUUUCAUUGCUUCUCGGAAGACAUGGUAUGGGAUGCUUGAAUAUGGAUACUACUCUUAGUAGCUGUGUGCAGUCAGUUUUAGGAUGACCAUGUCACAGCUUUAACUUAGAAGACACAAUUUUCCAAGCUUUCCCUCUGUUGCUG